UAUAAAUAGCCGAAUCUUAGAUUUACUUCCAUAUUGUAUAUAUAGUGGUCAGGCUUACUUCGCGUUUAAAGAUACAAAAAUGUCUCCACUAUCGAUAAUCCUGGGGUUGAUUGUUGCUAUGCUGGCAUUGAUAGGAGGCGCACAUGGCAAUAAACACCAUUACAAUCAUCAUGAUCGAAAUCACGAUGUUCAUCAUAAUCAUGGUCAUUAUAACCAUCACCAGCACCAAGACUACCAGCAUCAACAUUACCACGGACAUCAUGGACACAAGCAUGGAUCUCAUUAGAAAUUGAUUUCGAAAAUUUAUUUUAGGACAUUCAUAGUCAUUUCCAGAACGGCAACCUCAGAAACGAAUAAAAAAUAUAAUGAAUCAAAUUCAAUCUCAAAGUGCAAUAAUGUUACUUUCCUUUCCAAAUGAUUUGUACAGUAAAACAAAACUUU